UUGUCUGUCUCAAGUGCCCCCAAAAACUAACCUGAGACGGUGUCUUUCUUUUAUAAUGGAAUAUAAUGAGAGCACAGAGUAGCCUAUGGAACGGGUAACCGCUCUAUCGUUGACAAACCAUCCCACAGCAGCAUGCUAAACAACCCUGGUUAGCCUUGAAGACCGCUCUUUUUUUAUUUAUUCAUCUACAAAGAUGAAGAGUCGUCCAUUCAUUGGAAGAUUCGUGGUUCGAUUACCGUGUCCUGCAAUCCGAAUGUCAGUGUGCUCUUGGAAGCUGUGGCACCUUGUAUGCCAGCCUCUGCCAUCAGUGUGUGAAUGUGUGCAUGAAUAGGUGAAUGGUAAAAUGUAAUGUGAUGUGGUGUAAGUGGUCGGAAGACUAGAAAGACGCCCUAUGACUGCACGUCUUGUUACCGUUUGUGUUGCACCAUAGUUUGCUGAACAAGCCACAACGGGAUCACUGUCAGUUUGCAGGCCAGUUGGCUAAUUAGCCAACUUGACCCUAAAUUGGUCUGUCCUUGACUUUAAAGCUACAAACUCUUACUCGUUUGUUACAGAACACAAACGACAAGCCAAAUAUCUACCCCCAGAAAGUCAACAUUUACAGAUCUAGCAGAUCUUACUGAAGUCUUACUGAAGUGUCUACGGUCACACAUUCUUGACUGUAUAAAAAAUAAAUAAAGAAAGAUCAUCUCUUCUAUUAGAUAAUGGGGAACAAGCCCACACAGGGGGCACAAAACCUAUCAAUGCACUCUGGCUGUGUGUAGAACUGUGCAGGACGUCUGGCCUGGUUAUGACAGCCUCUGUGUCCUACAUUUAUGUUGUGCGUUUGUUUUGUUAGAGGAUUACAUUUCAUGAUGAAACUCUGUCAGGUGUGAGAUCAUCCUCCUGGGUUUGUAUCUCUCCUCCAGCUUAUUGCAGUUUUAAACCAGUCUGGGUUCCUCUGGGAGUUCUUUGUAAAGGAAGCAGGCCACGUUGAGUGAUGCUGCAACACAAAAAUAGCCUAAUUCCUUCGUUCGUGGUGGGGGUGAUAGGGAGUUAAGCUUACAGAGGAAGUUGGCUGCCUGGCUGGCUACUAUUGCUGGACCAACAAAUGUUUCCUUUCAGGUUAGGAAACUUCUCUGAUAAACUUGUUUCUCCUCAUUGGAAGUAUCAUUUCAUAUUUUAGAUGCCUCACCUUUGGAUGUCUUAAAGAACUGAAUGUUUUCUAGGGAUUUCUAGCAAAACUUGUUAUAGUAAACUAGUUAAAACAUGUUAUACUUCCUAUUCAAUUCAGCUGUUUGUAUUAUCAGUCCUUCUACAAUCUCCACCCUGAGAUUUAACUUGAAUAUUGAACACAUUUGAGGCCCUUAAAUCUCUGUAUUAUUUGUGUCCAUGAUUCUGUUUGUCUGUUCUCCAGGUGGUGGACUUCCUGAUGUCCCUGCUUCAGAGGGCCUGUGUGGGUCUGGAUCAGGCCCCUGGUCCAAAUCUUGGAAACCCCGUAGAGAGCGAGACGCUGCGCAUGGGGAUGGGCGUUGUGGCUACUCUGCUGUCUGGACCCGAGCUUAGUAUAGAGGACUACUCGUCUAUGUCGAGACUGCUCCCACCGCUGGAGUCGCUGUCUCACAAGCACUCUGAGGCAGUCAUCCAGGAGCUGGCAUCUGACCUCAGAGCUGUCAUUGCCACUCACGGUGCCUACCGGCCUGAAAACGGCACCGCUGUCGCUCCGCUCUCCAGAAACCCUAAAACAACAGUCAAGAAUAACAGUGUCCCUUCGAGGAAAACCGAAGCUAAUGACUCACAGACUAGUCCUCAAUCAUCCCUACCACACAGUAAUUCACCUAGCAACACCCACAGGUCUGCAGCGGGAGUAAGCCCAAAAGGUGGAGGUAGGACCUCUGGAACCAGUAACCUUUACCUUCCUACCAAGCCCUUGUCUGAUUGGCUGCUCGAGACCUGUGACCCAGAUGUUCCAACCAGAGCGUUCGCUCUGAGGGUCCUGACCCAGAUGGUGCAAAACGAAAUCCCAGAGGCUGUCCAGGCCCAGGAACAAGUCCUCAUGGUGGGUUGCUUGGUUAAGUACUUCACUUUUUUUUUUUUUUAUUCUUGUCUUAGAAUUUUGUCUGUUAUGCUCUGAAAAUAUCGUUACAAGUUGUAUUGUUAUUAUUCUGAGAAGUUGUCUUUUUACAAAGAUGGUAAAGUAAAAUACAUGUCAUGGGGUAGUUUACCCAAAUAUGACAUUCAGAUGAUAUAUUGAUAUAUGUGUAAUGAUAU